AGGAUAUAGUCGAAACUAAACACUGCAGGUCACAUGAAACAGUUAAACAGGGAUGAAGCCUAUGUGUGUAUUUGCAUUCUCACAGCAAGUACUUCUGGCAGGAAGGGGAUGGUUCAUGAAUUAUCAGAGGUGUGACACCCAGUGUGACACCCAGCAGAAGAAACAUCCUGAAGGUUAUCAGUUGGAGAAAGGAAAAGAAAAAGACAAAAGCUGAGGUGACCGGCUGGAAAGGUUAGCAGAAGGGGAAAAAAAAGAUGGGGAGACAGAUAUUCACUUUUAUUACCUCCUUCGUCUUUAUGGGGAGCGUGUUGAUUAUUCUCAUGUGGUACACGUUGGACAAAAAUAAUGCAAAAAGUAACCAAUUUCAGCCCCAGAUGAGAAAUGCACCACGCUCCUUUGCUUCCUGUAAAAACUGCGGGGAGAAUAUUAAGAAAGCUUUAGAGGUUUACUAUGAAACCUGGAAGAAACAGGACUACAAUUAUGAAAAAUUCAGGUUGGACUUAAAAGCCAACGUCAACGGUUUUGAUGAGGCCAUCAUAAGCCAGACGAACACCCCAGUGGGAUCGACACUUGUUUAUGAUGGGGAAAGAAAGAGGACCUAUGAUGUGAAUCCACAGAUUUUCAACUCAUUUCCAAAAGGGCAUCCUUUCUCAAACAAAAGAUGGGACACAUGUGCUGUCGUCGGGAAUGGUGGGAUCCUGGCAAACAGCAACUGUGGAGAAAUGAUCAACUCAGCUGAGUUUGUUAUCAGAUGCAACCUACCUCCUUUGUCAGAUGGAUAUGAGAAACAUGUUGGUACCAAGACAGACCUUGUGACUGCAAACCCAACAAUCUUCUUUAAAAAGUUUGAGUCUCUUGUAGGACGCCGACGUCCACUAAUGGAAAAGCUGAGCAGCUACGGCAACUCGAUGGUGCUCCUUCCUGCCUUCUCCUUUGGAAUGAACACAGCUGUAUGUAUGCGGGCUCUUUACACCAUCCAGGACUUUCAAAGUGCCAUCCAACCUGUUUUCUUCAACCCUGAGUACCUCUAUAAACUCUCUCUCUUUUGGCGCUCACACGGGCUGAAAGAAGCACGGCUCAGCACUGGAGUCAUGAUGACAAGCCUGGCUUUGGAGCUCUGUGACAAUGUGCAUCUUUACGGGUUUUGGCCCUUCAGUGUUCAUCCAUACAGCUUCAAGAACCUGACCAACCACUAUUAUGAUGACAUGAAGCCAAGUACAAAUUUUCACUCCAUGCCAGUUGAGUUUAACAUUUUGUUGCAGCUACACAAACAGGGUGUGCUACGCCUACACCUUGGCGAGUGUAAGCCAAAUGAUUACUAAUCACGUAAGGGAUAAAGAGUCUUUGCUUGGUGAUGACAGGAUGCAAAUGAUUGGCACACUUAAUCCUUUUUGAAGAAGGGACUGUGCCUAGUGCAAAUAUUGAAAAACAUUUUCUAGGCUUGUUAAACUACCAUAACAUACAAU